CCUCACCGCCGGUCACCAUUCACAAAACAACUAUGCAGCAUUCCACGAUCCUCCUCCUCGUCGUCCUCGCCACCUCGCCGCUGGGCACCACCGCAGCAAUAUCCGACUGCUUCGGCGGCGUAUACGCGCCCAACAGCACCUACGAAGCCAACCUCCGCCGCCUGGCCGCGAUUCUCUCUGCCCAGACCGCCUCCUCCCAGCGCCUCGAGGCGUCCCGUGACCUGGGAUACUGGCCCAACCGGGUGCGAGCCUUCUCGCGCUGCUACCCUGACCGUCAUCAGGGCUUCACCUCCUCCUCCUGCGCCGCCUGCGUCGCCGCUGCCUUCCGGGAGGCGGAGACUGCGUGCCCUCACAUCACCAGGGUCAUCGUCUUCCUUGGCAACUGCACUCUCGCUCUCGCCGAUUACCCUAGAUCUAUCCCCUUCUUCGGACCUAGCAGUUGGUUUGAAUUCUUGGGUGCAGGACUGCUAUUUCAAGCAAUCGGUUUUGCGUGGCUCUUCUUCCUGCUUCUGCAAGAAUGGCGUGACAAAAGAAGAGCCUCUAUGAUGCGUUCUAGCUCUAUUCCUUCUGGAGAUCAAUAGUUCAUCAAACUUGGUCACACACUUCUGGGCAUCAGCCUAUACUCCAUGAAGAAGAAAACACAAGUCACGCACUACAGUCAAUACAUACAUGUUUAUGUCAAGAAUGAGUUGGUGUUUUAUGGGCAACCCAUGGUUUGAUAUUGUCCUCCAGUUUGAAGGUUUCAGCUUCGAUCUUUACGAAUAAGUUCAAAACAUCCACUUGACUCACUCUGUUGUUUUCACCCAAUUCUUCGAUCUGCAUCUCUGGAUAUGUAUGUAAUCCCAACUACCUAGAAAUAGAGAUCCAACUGGGCACAAUUUCUGAUUACGCAACCCUAACUGAUUAAGUAAACUCUUAAUGCCUUGGUUAGGUUCACUGGUUUCGACAUUACAUGGGCUUAUUUCUCA